AUGGAUAAAGUAAUCAGCUGGAAUGUCCAAGGGAUUAACAACCAACAAAAACAGCGAUUAGUAAAGCAAUUCAUUGCUUCUCAGAGAGUUGGUUUGGUUGGUCUGCUCGAGACAAGAGUAAAGGCUCAGAAACUAGGAGCCUUAUAUUUGAAUUUGUUUGCUGGUUGGUGCUUCACUUCAAAUAAUGCAUGGCAUCCAGGAGGCCGAAUUGUGGGGAGGAGAUGGCUCUGGAAAGACCUUCAAGAUCUGAAUAUUAAGGGGCCUUGGAUUGUGAUGGGUGACUUUAAUGAUAUCUUAGCAAAAGAGGAGAGGAUUGGCAAUAGAGUGAGAUAUAAUACCUCCACUGACUUUAUUGACUGUGUAGCAAAUUGCAAACUUGAGGAUGUCAAAUAUAGUGGGAAUUUUUAUAAUUGGUGCAAUAAACAACAUGGAGAGGAUAGAAUCUAUUCUAAGAUAGACCGUGUACUAGCAAACCAAGCUUGGCUGAGUUUGUUCCCGGAAGCUGAGGCAGUUUUUGUGAAUGAGGGGUUGUUUGAUCAUACACCAGCUGUCUUCACGGUAUAUGCAAAUGUUCCUUGUGGUAGGAAGCCUUUCAAGUAUUUCAAUAUGUGGUCUACGCACCCAGAUUAUUGUAAGAAGGUUGAAGAGAUCUGGCAGCAACAUUUUACAGGGACAAAAAUGUAUAGGCUAAUUACCAAGUUGAAGGCACUAAAGUCAGUGUUCAAGGAAAUCAACACUCAAGGCUACUCUGAUAUAAUUAGUGCCGAAAUUCAUGCUAGAGAUCAUCUAGCUGACUGUCAAGAUAGGCUUAAGUGUGAUCCUUUGAACUCUCAGAAGUCGAAACUAAAUUGGGCUAGAAAUGGAGAUGAAAAUUCAACUUUGUUUCAUCUCAUUAUUCGGGAAAGAAGAAGGCAAAACAGAAUUCUAUCUAUUAUUGAUGCAAGAGGGAAUCGGGUAGAUGAACCUAUACAAGUCAUUGAAGCUUUUUUAAGCUUCUAUCAAGAGCUUUUGGGUAGUACGAUGCUGCAAAGAAAGAAAGUACUGGCUGGUGUGAUGGUUCAAGGUCCUACAGUAACAGAGUCCCAAUCAGAGCUACUUUUGAAAGAUUACUCAAAAGAUGAGGUGAGGAAAGUGAUAUUCGAAAUCCCUGGAAAUAAAGCACCAGGACCGGAUGGUUAUGGGAGUUACUUUUACCAAGAAAACUGGAAUUUAAUUGGAGACGAAGUUGCUGAAGCUAUUUUAUCCUUCUGA